UAAGUAAUAUAUAACUAAACCUUUCGUUAUUAAUAACGCCUCAGUUACGUGGAGUAAGGAUUUUAGCGUAAAUAAAAUUGGCAUUUUAUGUUUGACUUUUGGGUCACCGGCUCACAGGCAGCCUAACUGAGGAAAGUGCCAACAGAGACGGAUCCCUUAUUCACAUGAGAAAAACAACAGCAGCAAGCGUUUCUGAACAAGUUUAUAGCGUACAGUGUUAACCAUAAAAUUUUCUUAUCACAUUUGACGUUUUAUUGAUUUUCAACACUUGCAUCAUAAACGAAACUUUUUACUCACAAGUCGGGUUUGAAGAUGCAACAAACAUGUGUUUUCAAUUGUUUCAUGUUUUGUUUUCUAUUAGUAAUUUAUAUGGCAGAUUCAUCGCCCGACUCUAUUUCCGAUUCAAAUGAGGCAAAUAUUGUUAAACUUGGUGAUACAGCUGACGGUGGAAAAUCAGAUGAUGACGUCGCAAUUGACGAUGAAAAUCCAGAUGAAGCAGUUGCCGAUCAGACGAUGCCUGCAGAUGGAAAUGAUCCUGUUCAAGAUGAUGAUCAAGACAAAAACGAACCGAUAGAUGAUGGAAACGAAAAUUAUUUACAAGGUGAUGUUCAACACACCAAUGAACAAAUGGAUGGAGUUGAUGCAGAAGAUGAUGUUCCAGGUGACAAUGAACCAAUUGUUGGAGAAGAAAAAGCAAAUGAGGAACAGGAUGACGCGCCGGUUGAAGAUGAAUCAAUUAAUACAGGAGUACAAGAUGAUACUGUGACUGAUGACAAAAAAAAUGGAGACCAAAGUAAAUUGUAUAAUGGAACUUAUACCAAUAAGAAAGCAAUUACAACAGACCGAAAACUCUUUUACUUAAGCCCGGCUGAAAUUGAAAAGUUUAAAAUAUGGCCUAACGGUACCGUCUCGUACUACAUCGACGAGUUUUCUUAUGACAAAGUUCUUCGAGACAAAAUCCGCAGCUACCUUGACUACGUCGAGCUUAAAACGAUGGUCCAUUUUCAUGAGCUUGCUGAGCCGCCUACGGACGAAGACGAACGAUGGGUCUUUUUUGUAAAUCGAAGAGGCUUACUAGACUGCAAAGAUUAUUCAACUAAAUCCUUCACAUUUAAAGGUGUUCAGAAAGUGACAGUUGGCUACAAUUGCCUCAAACACGGCGGACCGAUGGCGGCAAUCGUUUUGGCGUUGUUGGGCGUGCCGCCUCAACACAAUUCACCGAAUCGUGAUAAGUUCAUUACUGUUGCUACAGAACAUAUUCUGCCAGAAAAAUUGGGUUUAUUCAGUCUGUUAAGAGAUGACGAGUGGUUGUUCCAUGAUUUGCAAUACGACUAUACCAGUGCAGGCCACUAUCCGUCACAUAAAUAUACUGCAGAUGGAUCAAGGACUAUAUCCACCAAGCCUGAUGGAUUCGACACACGUUAUGAAGAUUUUGAAAAUAUUUUAAACACAGAAGAAGUAAAAGAUUACAGUGACGAUGAUUUAAGAAAAAUAGAUAUGCUUUACGGUAACAUUUUACUUAAACAAUAUAAAGUUAUGAAACUUGAUGACUGCAAAGCUUUCUAUCGACCAGGACCUGGUUUUGGAAAUACCAGAUUGACAAAGCCGAAAGAAAUAUCAAAAAUGCCGAAACCGACACAGUACCUCGAUGCGGUAAAAAAAUUAUAUGGAGAAGAUAUUGCACUGUUUGUUGGUGAAACACUUAGUUCACUAGAAAGCAAAUAAGUGAAUUUGAAAAUGUAUUAUAUAGUAUUUAAAAAGAAACCAAAGUAAAAACUCAUCAAAUUAAAACCAUUUAAUGGUUUAUGACGUUUUUGGAUACUAAAUGUAUACCAAAUUUUUAAGAUAAUAUGUAAAACUAUCCAGCAUACUGCAAUACCUAAUUAGCGAGACAGCACUGAAAUUGAUACUAAGUAUGUAGAUAUCAUUUUUUAUAAUCUUAAACAGGUAUAACUACUAUUUUUUUUUUAAAUAACGAUGGAAACUUCAGAAAUAAGGUCAAAGAUAAUUUCAUUAUUCGAAAUAUAGAAUUACAAUAGGAUAAUAAAAUUGCAAAGCAA